GUGAGCUCUUUAGCGGACAAGCCCAGCCAAACAUGCCCUUCAUCUUUCCUUCUUCAAGUCUCAUUUUCAUGCCGGAUUGUUUUGAGCUGCGAGUUUCGUUUGUUCUUCUACUGCAUGACAAGAAUCCAUGGAAGGGGAAAGGAUUCAUUUAAUCGGUCCCUUACCGAUUGAUGUUUUGCCACGAAUCCUUUGGUUUCUUCCGGUGAAAGAUGCAAUACGAACCAGGGUUCUCUCGACUCUCUGGAGAAGCGUCUGGGAACCAGUUCAUGUAACCUUGGAAGUCAAUUCAAAUGAAGAGGUCGUCCCGGACCAGGUAAUCGAUGAAUUUCUGAAAUCUCGUAAAGAUCUGCAGCAAUGGAAGUUCCAUUUCAGAAUCCCCAAAACGACGGGUUUGAAGAUGAAGGAUGACGUAAUUUUAACGGCCACCACAAAGAGAGAGGAGGACCUUUAUCUUCAUUUUAAUGUAGGAAUCGGGAUGGGAAGGGAUUUCGAUUUGUCGUUACGAUCAAGCCGUUUGAGUUCUUCAGAAUACUUGUCUCUCAAGACUCUUCAUCUCCGAUCAGUAAGCAGUUUCUCUGGACCCCUAGUUUCGAACUUGUUCUCCAAUAUUCAAUUUCUCGAAAGCUUGAGUCUAGAAAAUUGCAGAGGGCUCAAAACUGUUUAUAUCCAUGCUAAUGGCCAUCUCCGGCAAUUCGCGAUUGUAGACUGCCCAGAAAUAGUUUGUGUCACACUUUUUGCGGUGAAUCUCAAAUCCUUCAGGUACAGAGGAGCUCUUUGUCUAAUUCGGCUGAAUGACUCUCCGAGCCUGGCUGAUAUGGUGCUGGAUUUGAGAGAAGGUCCCGGCGAGAUUGAGUUUGAUCGCUUGGGUCUAUCACUUCUCCUGUCUCUUCAAGGCAUCAAGACUCUCACAAUAAGCAGUUGGCUUGUCGAGCGGCUGUGCACCUCAGGGGUGAUACCUCGCCGGCUUCAAUCCCAAUUCGACAGCCUGAAAGAACUCUGCUGGGUUAGCCCUAGUCUCGACCAGCAAAAUAUGAAUUCAUUGGCUUGUUUCUUGAACUUCGUGCCUUUCCUGGAAACGUUGCUCUUGACAACGCGGAUUGACCAAGGCUGCUGUCAACUUCCAAGGCCAUUUUUCCUUGAGUACUCACACGAGCCUCAACCUUGGAUGGCUAAUGCUUCGAAGCUCAAUCAUCUUGAAGUUGUUCAGCUGGUGGGGUUUACAGAAACAAAAGAUGAAUUGUUGUUGCUGGAUCUUUUGCUUAAGAAGGCAGGGAACCGAUCAUGGCGGGUUGCAAAAAUUCCCUUACAGUCAGAUGAAACAAAUAUGAGGCCUGAUAGGACGAAGAAAGAUAUGUAAGGUUGACCUAGGCUAUGAUGCUUGGAUGUGGCAAACAAGAGUGGGAUAAUCUAAGUUGACGUUUUGUUUUCCAGUUGUAUGUUUUGAGUUAGUAUUUUAGUUGUGGACUACUGAAGUGAUGUUUGGUUUUUUUCUUUCCAGUUAUCUUACGAACUUGCCAUAUUCAUACCAUAGCAAAUGUUGAUGCUUUUAGCUUCCUGGAGCUGGCCUAAUGUUGAAGGACACUCAAUGAAGGACCCAUUAUAUGAACUUAUUCCAUAUA